GACUGGGCUCCCCGGGGCGCCAAGGGUGGAGGCCGCAGCGCGGGGCGCGCGCGCCUCUCUGUGGUCGCACGGGCGAAUGCCUGGCGCCAUGGCGGAAAGCCGCUGUGACAGCGUCGGGGAAGAGAGCCAAAUGAUCUUUGAACUCCGAGCAACCUGCUCACUAGAGUCGUCAAUUUCCAAGAACAACUUGAAAGAACAGACAGGCCCUGUCCAGAAAGCUGUCGCAUUCCGGUCUGCUCAAGGACAAGUGGCUCACCUCGGGAUGCUGGUGAAACCUGCCCCCUAGGCAAAUAUUAGUCUUGCCUCAAAGCCCAGGCUCUCCCUCCAGGCGCUCCUACAUGUUUUCAGGCAGAAGUGGCAGAAGGAGGUUCCAGGGACCCACAGGGAGUUCCAAUGCACGAGGUCAGAGGUAGACAUCAUGAAUGGCCACUUCCAGGCUGGGGACCAGCAUUUGCAAGGCCCUGGGUUCAAUACCCACUACUGGAAGGGGAAGGUACACACACACACUGCAAGUAGGUCAUUCCAUUUCAGGAAGGUCUUCUCAUUUAUUUAUUUAUAUUUACACCACCUGCAAUUCCGGCAUUUGGAAAGACCAGAAAACCCUUCAUAUACAUGCAUACAUAUAUAUCUAUUUACACAGCCUGUAAUUCCAGCAUUUAGAAAGACCAGGAGACCCUUUCAUACUAUUUAUUUAUAUGUACAGAACCUGUAAUUCCAGCAUUUGAAAAGACCAAGAGACCUUUCUCUUAUUUAUUUAUUUAUACACAACCUGUAAUUCCAGCAUUUGGAAAGACCAGGGGACCCUUCUUAUUUAUUUAUUUGUUUAUUUAUUUAUUUGUUUAUUUGUAUUUACAAAUCCUGUAAUUCUAGCAUUUGGAAAAACCAGGAGACCAAGCCUCUGCUGUGUAGUGAUGAGACCGUAUGUGCAACACCCCAAAAACCAUCACUCGGGUUUGAGACCGACUCUUGCCCUUUAGAGCCAUCCAAAGUUUAGAAAUUUAAAAGAAAAUUGGGGGGUGGGUAUUAAAGACUUAAUUCAUGCCUCUGAGAGUAUGGAGAACUACUAGGGCGAGCAUUCUGACCGCAUCUCAUUUAGGUAAGUCUGUUGAGCUUUCUUAGGCCCUGGUUCUAGUCUCUACAAGAUCAAUGCGACCCUGCAUUCCCACCUAGUGGAAUCUUCCGUAGAAGCCGAGAAAGCUAAUAAAAGUGAAUGGGGAAAGUUAGACCCGUAAGAACCCACAUCCACCCAUGCCUACACCGAGCAGGAGAAAGGGGAAAUCUUAUUCUCGUGGCUAUUUCUAGAAGAUCCGGGUAUGUGGAGGGCAGCAGGGACCCCUUCUCCUCGGCCCAGAUGCCAUCCUCGCCCGUCACCCGCACAGCCGGAACGCCCGCGGGUUCUGCAGCAACGGCUCCGGAACUGCCGGCCUCCGCGUCCGCAGCGCUGCCGCCAGCCAGGCUGGAGCCGAGUCUGUCCCCAGCGUCUGCGCUCCUGCGGGCCACCGGAAACCAGCUAAUCCAGGAACAAUGCAAACAGAGAGGAGCCUCCAGAGUUUCAGCAACAGAUACACACAAAUCCCUUUUGUGUACGAUGUUAAGCGGAGCGUGUACAACGAGGAGAAUUUCCAGCAGGAGCACAGGAAGAAGGGCCCCACCUCUGGGAACGUGGACAUCGAUAUCACCACUUUCAAGCACCACGUCCAGUGCGGCUGCUCCUGGCACAAGUUCCUGAGAUGCAUGCUCACAGUCUUCCCCUUCCUGGAGUGGAUAUGUUUGUAUCGAUUCAAGGACUGGCUUCUUGGAGACUUACUUGCUGGUUUAAGUGUUGGUCUUGUUCAAGUUCCCCAAGGCCUGAUACUUAGUUUACUGACAAGGCAGCUGAUUCCUCCCCUCAACGUCACUUACGCCGCCUUCUGCUCUUCAGUCAUUUAUGUCAUUUUUGGAUCAUGUCAUCAAAUGUCCAUCGGCCCCUUCUUCCUUGUGAGUGCUCUGAUGAUCAAUGUCCUGAAGGAUAGACCCUUCAACAAUGGUCACCUGAUCUUGGGAACUUUUGUCAAAGAUGACUUCUCUGUCCCCACAUUCUACUUGAGCUACAACAGAUCCUUAAGUAUGGUGGCAUCUACAACUUUCCUGACUGGGAUUAUUCAGCUGUCAAUGGGUAUGUUGGGCAUGGGCUUCAUGGCCACAUAUCUUCCAGAGGCUGCAACCAGCGCUUAUCUAGCAGCUGUGGCCCUGCACAUCAUACUGGCCCAGAUGACAUGCAUCUUGGGGAUUAUGGUCAGUUUCCAUGCUGGGCCCAUCUCCUUCAUCUACAACAUAAUUAACUACUGCAUAGCUCUCCCCAAAGCGAACUCUACCAGCAUCCUGCUGUUCAUCACCUCUGUGGUGGCUCUGAGAAUCAACAAGUGCAUCCGCAUUACCUUCAACCGCUACCCUAUCGAGUUCCCCAUGGAGCUGCUGCUGAUUCUUGGCUUCAGCUUACUUACAAGCAAGAUAACCAUGGCCACAGAAAACAGCAAGAUGCUGAUGAACAUGAUUCCAUACAGCUUCGUGUUCCCUGAGAAUCCAGAGUUCGGCAUUCUUAGCAGAGUUGUUUUACAAGCCUUGUCUUUAUCUUUUGUGAGCUCCUUUCUGCUUAUAUCUCUGGGCAAGAAGAUUGCCAACUUCCAUAACUACAGAACCAAUUCCAACCAGGAUUUAAUAGCCAUCGGUCUUUGCAACUUGCUCAGCUCCUUUUUCAAAUGCUGUGUGUUCACCGGUAGUUUGUCCAGGACGACUAUCCAGGACAAAUCUGGAGGAAGACAGCAGUUUGCCUCUCUGGUAGGCGCAGGUGUGAUGCUGCUGCUGAUGGUGAAGAUGGAAAGCUUCUUCCACAAUCUGCCUAACGCUGUGCUGGCUGGGAUCAUCUUAAGCAAUGUGGUGCCCUACCUUGAAGCCAUUUACAACUUACCCAGUUUGUGGAGGCAGGACCAGUACGAAUGUAUCAUUUGGAUGGUGACAUUCUCCUCUGCGAUUCUCCUGGGACUCGACGUUGGACUGCUCAUCUCACUGGCCUUCACUUUCUUUGUCAUCACUAUUCGCUCGCACAGAACCAAGAUCCUCGUCUUGGGUCAGAUCCCCAAUACCAACAUUUACAGAAAUGUUAAUGACUACCGGGAGGUGAUUCUCAUCCCUGGGGUGAAAAUCUUUCAGUGUUGCAGCUCCAUCACGUUUGUUAACGUGUACCAUCUAAAGCAAAAGGUGUUAAAAGAGGUCAAUAUGGUGAAGUUGCCCCUUAAAGAAGAAGAAAUUUAUACUCUGUUUCAUGAAAGUGAGACCAGUAUAGCAGAAAACAAACUUUGUAGGUGUUUCUGUGACUGUGAAGAACUGGAGCCAGAGAUCAGGGUUGUCUACACAGAGCGAUAUGAAAACAGACAGGAGCAGGACUCAUCCAUCAACCUGAUCCGCUGCUCCUACCUGGGCAGCGGGGACAGCAGCCAAGUCACUUCUGAGGAACAGAUUCCCUACACAGUGUCUUCCACAUCACAGAGAAAUAUAGUGCAGAGCUACGAGGACACAGAGAAAGCCUGGCUACCCAACAGCCCCCCAAGAAACAGUCCACUGCCACCGCCCGAGGCCUCAGAAAGCUUAGCACAGAGCCGAUCCAGAUCCAUUAUCAUGCCUUACUCGGAUACGAGUGUGCAGAACAACACCCAUACCAUCAUUCUGGACUUUUCCAUGGUGCACUAUGUGGAUAAUCGGGCUUUGGUUAUACUAAGGCAGAUGUGCAAUGCUUUCUACAAUGCCAACAUUUUGGUCCUCAUUUCAGGGUGUCACACCUCUGUGGUCAAGUCGUUUGAGAAGAAUGAUUUCUUUGAUGAAGGCAUCACGAAGGCCCAGCUCUUCCUCAGCCUCCAUGACGCCGUGCUGUUUGCCUUGUCCAGGAAGUUCUCUGAGCCUUCAGACUUAAGUAUGGAUGAGACCGAGACAGUGAUACAGGAAACCUACUCAGAGUCAGACAAGAAUGGCAAUCUGAGCAACCUAAGACUCAAAACGGGGAAGGCCAUCAUAGAAGGCUCCCAGCAUGCAAGUCCAGGCUUCACCAAGAACCUGAAGCCUGGUAAGGAUGACUUGGAGUUUGACCUGGAACUGGAUCCCAUGCUGUCUUUUGAACAGAGCAGUGGGAUGGACCUCAAUCUGGACCUAGACUUGGACUUGGACCAGUCAGAGCUGGACCCUGGAUCUGAGCUGGAUUCUGAGAUCCAAGCCAAACCUGAGCUGGAACUAGAGUCGGAGCUUGAGACAGAUGCCCAGACAGAGCCAGAGACAGAGGAAGAGCCAGAGCUGGAGCCAGAGCCAGAGCCAGAGCCAGAGACAGAGCCAGAGCCAGAGCCAGAGAGAGAGAGGAAGACCAGGACAAGGUCUCAGAGCCCCUGGCGGAACUACUUCACUGCUUAUCGCUUUGGUUCUUCAAACUCCCAGUCUAGAGCUCCACCUCAGACACGCCCAGAAAAGAGAAAGCCACAUAAUUACCCCAAUUCUCCCUAAAACAAUAAGGAUCCUUGGUAGGUGACUGCAAAAUGCAGGCUGAGUAUCUUGGCAAAUCCCUCCUGCCCUACUUGGCAUGACAUCUAGACUGGGUACAAGCCACCGGUCCUGGCUCUGUGACCCCUCCACUUGCUGACUUCCUUCUUAUUGGAUUCUGGGAUCACAUGCCCAUCAUAUGCCCAGGCUAUGUGACUCAAGGUUGGCAGUUGUCUCUGGGUUCUGUCUUCAGGCUUUGCAGAUUGCAUCUUCAACAGAUUUCCAGUGAAGGCCUCCCUGCACGUACUCUCUGGGAACUGUGCCAGCUUGUCUCUGAGUUCCUCCUCUCAGCUCUGCCUCCCUUUCUCCAGAGACAUGAGACUUGAAUAAAAUAUGGGACUGUACUUAA